GGUUUCAUUAAGUGUGUCAUUUACCCUUAUGCCCUCUCCUUUAAUUCUUUUGAUUGAUUAAAUUAAAAAAAAAAAUUGAGAUUCCCGAUUUGAAAUAUCUUUGUCGUGUCUCCUUCUCUGCCGUCGUCGUCAUCUCAUCUCCGUCGUCGUCCUCGUCGUCUCCUCUCCGUCAUCGUCGUCGUCGUCUCCUCUCCGUCGUCGUCGUCGUCGUCGUGACGGGGUCGCCGACAUGUAUCUAGACUUGUGUUCGGUGGGAUGUUUGGUGCUGGAGAUCUACACGGGCGUGCGUCUGUGGAAAGGUGUUCAUCUCAAUCUUAGCUACUCGUCUCCGUUGUGGUGAAGCUGUGUCUGUGGAAUGUGUGAACAUAUGCAAUCUAACGAAAGGAGACGGGAAUGUAAGAAGUGAUUGCAGUGUUCUCUCCUGUGCUUGGAAAGCUCCUAGAGCCUUAACUGGGUUUCUAGCUAGCACUGCUCAUCCGCCUGUGUGUUCUUUGUAUCUAUGUGGCCGAAUUGGAAGAAAGAGUAGAGUAAAAUCUAAGCAUGCUCGUUCUGAAAAACUAAUGAAGGAAUAAAAGCUUAGAACCAAUGAUGAUGAUGAAGUUGAUGAUCCAGAGAAGCCAUCUCAGGGAGAAGCAGAUAAAAGGGAACAGAAGAUCACAAAGAAAGGAUAAGAGAUCACAAAAACAAGGAAUGCUCAGAACCCAAGUGGAUAACCCAGACACUCCAUCUCAGAUAAAGGAAAACAGAAAAUCACGAAGACAGGGUAUGAGAUCACAAAAACAGAAAAAGGAUUCGUCUAUUACAGAUGGAGGUAAAGCAGACGCGACGCCAGAAUCUAGAAAGAAAAUGCGUCAAACUAAGGAUUGAGACUAUUGUGUAUCUCUCCUUUCAAUAUGAAAGAUUCAUUUUCAUAUUUUCUUGAGGAAAAAUAGUAGGAGAGUGGGUUGGAUAUGCGUCAGUUUUUUACUUAUCUACAAAAUAUUUUGCUUGUAACUGAUAUAUGGUUUUGAUUAAUUCAGAUUUGAGUUAUAUACAAUUUUUGUGUGUUUCUUUUUUUUAUGCAA